UGAGUAGGGAGAGACUAAGGAGAAGGAUCCCGAAUGGGAGCGUGGGGGCUGGCCACGGGAGCCCAUUGGCCGAGAGCGGGUCCUUCCCUCCCUGGGUCGCGUUGAGCCAGGGCCGGGGCUCCUGGCCAGUGACUGGAAGGAGCCAUGGCUUCCUACACGCUUUUGCACAGCUCUCUGGCUGUGAUCCGCCUCCGGAACCCGCCCCUCAACACCCUUAGUAAGUCUGUGACCGAAGGCCUGGUUGAAAGCCUGAGGAAAGCUGAGACUGACCCAGCUGUGAAAGCCAUCAUCAUCUGUGGAGCAGAUGGAAAGUUCUCUGCAGGUGCUGAUAUUCGAGGCUUUAGCCAACCAGUUACGCGAACCAAUGCAUUACCCUCAGUCAUUGAUAAUUUGAUGGAGAUGGAGAAGCCUUUGGUGGCUGCCAUUGAGGACCUGGCUCUGGGAGGAGGCCUGGAAUUGGCUCUGGGCUGUCACUACAGGAUUGCUGACGCCAAGGCUCGAGUUGGUUUUCCAGAGGUCAACCUCGGACUUCUCCCAGGUGCAAGAGGGACCCAGCUUCUUCCCAGGCUCAUCGGGAUACCUGCUGCCCUUGACCUGAUCACCUCAGGGAGACAUAUUUCAGCUCCUGAAGCACUCAAACUGGGAAUACUGGACAAAAUCGUGAGCUCAGAUCCAGUUGAGGAAGCCAUCAAGUUGGCCAGAGAAGUUUCAGGUCGGCCCAUAGGCUCUCGGAGACUCAAGACAAGGGAGGUUCAGAAGCUGCCAAAUAUGGACACGAUUUUCCAGGAAGCCCUGCUCAAGAUGAGAAAACAGUACCCGGGGUGUAUUUCUCGGGAGGCCUGCGUCCGAGCUGUCCAGGCUGCUGUCCAAUACCCCUACGCAGAAGGGAAAGAGAAAGAGAAAGAGCUGUUCCUGCACCUUCUCAGUUCAGGACAAGCAAGAGCCCUGCAGUAUGCCUUCUUUGCUGAGAGAUCUGUGGGGAAGUGGUCAACUCCCUCUGGGGCGUCAUGGAAGAACUCCUCAGCACAGCCUGUCUCAUCUGCGGCGGUUGUGGGUUUGGGAACAAUGGGAAGAGGCAUCGUCAUCUGUCUGAUCAGGGCCAACGUCCCCGUUAUUGCCGUGGAACAGGACGAGAAGCAGCUGGACCAGGCCAAAAUGGUGAUUGUCUCCCUUUUAGAACAAGAAGCCUCCAAAUGGAAACAGAGUGGCCAAGAGUGGAAACGGCCAAGACUCCACUUCACCACCUCCCUGGAUGAGGUAGCAGAGGUGGAUUUAGUGAUUGAGGCUGUUUUUGAGGAAAUUAAGCUGAAGAAACAGGUCUUCAGCAAAUUGUCAGCCAGAUGCAAGCCGUCAGCCUUUCUAUGCACCAAUACCUCGGCUCUGGAUAUCGACGAGAUUGCUUUGUCCACGCGCCGUCCUCAACAGGUCAUUGGCACCCAUUUCUUCGCCCCAGCUCAUGUUAUGAAAUUAUUGGAGGUCAUCCCUAGUCGUUAUUCAUCUCCUACGACCAUUGCCACUGUCAUGAGCUUGGCAAAAACCAUGAAAAAGGUUGGCGUUGUGGUUGGGAAUUGCUUUGGCUUUGUUGGCAAUCGAAUGCUGUUUGCUUUCUAUGAACAGAAUAAUUUCUUAAUAGAAGAUGGUAGCCAGCCAGAGGAAGUUGAUCGAGUUCUAGAAGAGUUUGGUUACAGAAUGGGUCCUUUUCGAGUGGCCGAUCUGUCUGGGUUGGAUGUGGGGUGGAAAUCACGGAAAGAUCGAGGCCUCACAGGACCUACCUUAGCCCCCGGGACGCCUGUGCGCCAACGUGGCAGCAAACGGUAUUGCCCAAUUCCUGAUAUUCUGUGUGAACAUGGAAGACUUGGCCAGAAGACUGGCAAAGGCUGGUAUCAAUAUGACAAGCCAAUGGGCAGGAUUCACAAACCAGAUCCCUGGCUUUCCAAAUUCCUAUCUGAAUACAGGCAGAACCAUAAUAUUGAGCCACGGGUCAUAACACCAGAUGAGAUCCUGGAGCGCACCGUGUAUUCCCUCAUUAAUGAAGGCUUUCGUAUCUUAGAAGAAGGCAUGGCUGCUGGCCCUGAACACAUUGAUGUCAUCUACAAUAAUGGUUAUGGAUGGCCGAAGCACACGGGCGGACCCAUGUUCUAUGCCUCCACAGUGGGACUACCUACAGUGGUUGAGAAAUUACAGAAAUAUUACCAGAAGAAUCUGGACAUCCCCAAGUUGGAACCCUGCAAUCUUCUGAAGAAGUUGGCCUCCCAGGGGAACCCUCCUCUUCAAGAAUGGCAGAGCUCGGGAGGAUUUCAAAUCAGCAAACUGUGACUUCACUCACCUAAGGUCCCCAGGUGGGGCCUUCCACAUACCGCCCUCAGGCAAACAUUGUUGAAA